GGCUCGGAGCCACCGGGAGCGGGGCAGGAAAAGCGCCCGGAACCUGCACGUCCGGCGGUGUCCCCCGUCGGAGCUUGCGAGCCGGAGACUUCCGCUUCCGGGGCAGUGCGUCUGGACUGAGCACGGUAACGGAGCGGCCAGACAUGGGGCAUGGACAUGAACAUGGUCAUGGGAAAAUGGAACUCCCUGAUUAUAAACAAUGGAAGAUAGAGGGUACUCCGCUACAGGAUAUCCAAGAAAGACUGGCUAGGCGGGGUCUUAGAGAUCCAUGGCUUCGCAAUGAAGCAUGGAGAUAUAUGGGUGGCUUUACAAAACCUGUCACUGUUAUGGAUGUUCUCACCAAAGGUUUCAAGUGGGGAUUCGUAGCCUUUGUGGUAGCACUUGGGAUCGAGUACACACUGUUUCCUCCGAAGAAAAAUGGAGGACAUCACUGAAAAUGGAAUAGUAGAAUUUCUCAAAGUUAUUUACACAGUUCUGAAUUAAAACAUGUUAUACAAUAGCUUACUGAUUUUGUUGCACAUGUAAAGAUGCCUAUUAAAAUUUCUCAUUGGCAAGAGCA